AUGCGUACCAAGCGAUGGUACAUGGGCGUGGUUCGAGCGUAUGACGACGCCGAUGGCACCUACUCGAUCGAUUACGACGACGGCAAAAGCGAGGAGGGCGUGGCGGCGCAGCACGUGCAGGGCUUGCGCUUGCACCUCUCCAGCAACAGCACCGGGUACAAGAAUGUGGUCAAGGAGUCCUCGGGCCGCUUCGGGGCGAAGCACCAGGUGGACGGCAGGAGUGUCUACAUCGGCGCCUUCGACACAGCAGUGGAGGCGGCGGUGGCGUACGCGCGGACCGUUGGCGAGUACCAGCCUCCAGCAGUUGCCACGGAGGCGGAGGGCUUGCGCUUGCACCUCUCGAGCCGCAGCAACACCGGCUACAGUGGCGUGUGCAAGAACCGCCCCUCUGGCCGCUACGAGGCGCGUCGCAGGGUGGAUGGCAAGGAUGUCUACAUCGGCAGUUUCGGCACGGCGGUGGAGGCGGCGGUGGCCUAUGCGCGGUCGCAUGAUAUUUUAUUUUCCGUGUGCAAGUCUCUCGUCGACGGCCACGAGAGCGCGCUGGGCAUGGCGUCACCGCGCCGCGAGUUGGUCCCUGCCGACGAGGACGAGAUGAACGGGCUGAUGGACGAGGACAUAAAGGCGCUCGAGCACUCGCGCAGCAAGCUGCGCCGCCAGCUCGGACUCUGCGCUCUGGUGGUCCUCGCGGGCGUCGGCAUCGUCUUGCAUGGGAGUCUGUCCGAGGCCGCGUCGCCUGCGACGCUGCGCCUGGCAACGUGGAACAUCGCCGCCAUCAACAACAACCCCUUCGAGUACUGGAUCACGCACAGCGACCCCGACUAUAAUACGCUGAUGGCCGACGCGUUCGUCGACGCGCCGGCGGAGCGGGACGUGCCCGUCGAGGAGGUCUUUAGCGAGAGCCGCUGGCAGGAGCGCAUCGGCGCUCAAUGCUGCCGCGCGGAGCUUAAGGCGCUGAUGGCGGCAGAGGGGUGGGACGUGGACGGCACGGAGGCGCGCUGGCACGAGGACUUUCGUGCACACCACACGUACACGCUCGCCCUACCCCAGGACCGCUCCAUCGGCGAGAAGCGGCUCGCCUCGAUGCCGGACCGCGUGACCAACACCAUCCACACGCGCGGCGGCAGCGUCUCGUGCCGGCCGACAGUGAUCAACUGCUACGAGGGCGAUCUGGGCAGCGGCGACAAGUGGUGGGUGGAGUGGAAGCAGUUCAUGUUUGCGACCCAGCUUGCGACCGGAGACGGCGACAGCAAGACGCGGCCGGCGGCGAUGCUCAAGCCGAUCAAGCGCGCAAAGUACCCGGCGGUGAGUGCGGAGGAGGAGGCGAUGAGCCUUCCGCUGCAGACGCUGAGCCAGGCCAUCUUCGACGCCAUCCUCGUGCACAUCGUGAACAGCGUGUCGCCCAGUGGCCGGUGGCAGCAGCUGCGGCAAGAGAUGUGCGACGCGCUCAACCGGCACAAGGACACGCGCACCCUCGAGAUCCUGCAGCAGACGUAUGGCACAACCGACGCGGUUUUCCUGCAGGAGGCGGCAGCCUCCUUCCGCACCAGCGCAGCAAAGCGGCUCGGCGGCCGGUACAUUGUGGCGGCGCCGUCGACGCUCGACACGUCGCGCGACCAAAACUCGCUGCUGCUGCUGCGACGCGACCUCUUCCUCGAGGCGUCGCUGGUCGACCGCACGGAGGAGGUGAUGAAGACCUUCGACAGGAAUGUGCCGGUCGCGCCCGGCGACCUGUUCGUGCUGCAGGUCGACGACACGCUUGGCCGGCCGUACCUGCUCGCCUCGUUCCACGGGGACACCAACGGCCUGGCCACCAUCCCCGUCCUGGAAGCGGUGACCGCCCUCGCCGCGCGCAUGCCCGAGCGGCGACUGAUCUUCGGCCUCGACGCCAACACGUAUGAGCACGAGGCGCCGGGCAAGCAGGACGUGCUCGGGUUCGCGCGCGCGUACGUCGCGAAGGGGCUCACCUCUUGCUGGGGCGACACGCCGGACCCGACGAACCACACCACGUACAACGCGCGCACCUACCUGCAGGCCCAGCUCCAAAAGGCGGCGAAGCAGUCCGAGACGGCGGCCAAGGGCGACAAGAACCCAAAGGACUUUUUGCUCUUCUCUCCGGCCUCCUUCACGGUGCGCUCGACCACCAAGGACAACACGGGGGAGAGGCGGUACGUCGAGGACAUGGUCUUCCCCACGCUGCAGUUCCCGUCCGACCACGGCGUGCUGUCGACCACCCUCGAGGUGCAGCCGCCGAGGCUGAGCCGGUACUUGAGGCCGAGCUUGCUGCACCGGUGA